ACAGGCUGGGCUGGUAUGUGGAACAGUCUCGAAGAGAAAAACUCAGUUUUUUCAUGCCCCGUGUUUGUAUUUCAGAUACAAAGCCAGUUAUCUAAAUCGCGCACUUGAUGGACACAUCCAUGGGCUUGACAUAAACAUCCCAGUUAUCUUUAAAAGUCCAGUCGAUGAGACAUGGUGCCGAUUCUCAGGAUGAGUUGCCGAGAUCAACCGGCGGCAGUAGCCGCGCGAAGGACAACUGCAGCAUCUGCCCGGGCCGAAUAACCCGCCACAACCGCUUCUUCACUCUCACCCUGACGAUCAGUAGGCGCAACCCAAAACGUUUUAUAGGACAUUUCAUGCGAGACCGUGAAGAAAAUCAGAAGAGAUGUUUCAGCUUCCAGUGAAUAACCUCACUCGGUUGAGGAAGGCCAGGAAAAAAGUCAAAAGACUGUUGUGUGACAUUGGCCUUGAUUACUGCAAAGAGCAUGUUGAGGACUUCAAAGAGUUUAGUCCGAGUGAUUCGUACAUGAACCAAGUGUAUCUUGAUCUUUGUCUCUGGGAUCCCUCUUGGACAAAGUCACAGGACUACAGGACGAAGCAGUUUUGCUGCUCAGAUUGUCCAUUUGCCUCGAAGUAUUUCUCCGCCUACAAAAACCACUUCCGCAAUGUUCACAGAGAAGACUUUGAGAGCCGAAUCUCACUUAACUGCUCCUACUGCACAUACAGCGGGAACAAGAGGUCAUUGGAAACCCACGUCAGGCUCUUCCACAUGCCCAACAAUGUGGUCCGACAGGGUGCUGCUGUCCCUCACGGAGCCCAGGUGGGGGUUAGGGACGCCAUGCGGGUAGACAAACCCAUGGUGGGCGAUCGUAAGGAGCUACCAGUGUACUACUGCAAGAAGUGCACCUAUCGGGAUAGACUGUACAACGUGGUGCGCAGGCACAUCUACAGGGAGCACUUCCAACACGUGACUACGCCUUAUCUCGGUAAAAACUCAGAGAAGCAAGAAAACAGCGCCAAUGCGCCUGGCAACAGUCAUGGGAUUCAUUGCAAGAGCUGCCACUUUUCACCUCGUUCUUAUGAAGCACUGGUGCAGCACGUUAUCGAGUUCCACGAGCGCAUUGGCCAUCAAGUCACCGCCAUGAUUGGACACACCAAUGUCAUAGUGCCAAGGCCUCAGGCGAACAUAAUUCAGAGGGGCGUUACAAUCGCUCCGGGUGUGCGACCUCAGACACCUCAAAUGAAUCGUUUUAAUAUGCCCAAAAUGGUGGGGUUACCCGUGGGCAACCAUUUCAAGCAAAACGUGGCAGGCAAUUCUGUGCCUGGACAGGUGCGUGUUACACUACCCGAAAAAGCUGUCGUGUCAGGUUCGGCCUCUCAGUCGCAUGCAGGGAAACACCUGGGCGGCUUUGGAGCCCACGGGUCGACGCAUCUUAACGCUCAAUCUGCUUCUUUCUCUCCCUCGCUGAAGAGUCUACCUCUCUCUUCAUCUGGCCAUGCUGCUGCUGCUGCUACUGCCACGUUGACCUCAUUACAGGCCAAUAAAGCUUCAGCCAGUGCUCUCAACACCUCACAAACGCAGAAGUGGAAAAUUUGCACCAUCUGCAAUGAACUCUUCCCCGAGAAUGCGUACAGUGCUCACUUUGAAAAAGAACACCAGGCCGAAAAGGUGAGAGCCAUGGCUAAAUACAUCAUGAAGAUCCACAACUUCACUAGCAAGUGUCUGUAUUGUAACCGCUACCUACCCAGCGACUCUUUGUUGAACCAUAUGCUUGUGCAUGGGUUGUCAUGCCCACAGUGUCAUUCCACGUUUCACGAAGUUGAGAAAAUCGUAGCGCACAAGCGGAUGGCGCAUCAAAAUGAACCCGUGGAUCCACCCACUGGAUCCCCCCUCACGUUUGAUCUCACGCUUCAGCAAGGAACUCCAAAGAACGUUCAGCUUCUUGUAACCACCUACAACAUGAAGGAGACGCCUGAAUCGUCUUCAGCUGCUCAGCCGCAAAACACCAAUGUGACCAAGCCCUUCAAAAGGGCGACAGAGACCCAGAGCGAUUCUGUAGUCCGAAAUAUGUCCCAGUCUCCAGCGUCACAGAAGAAAGAAGUUGGUAAAACCCUGUGUCCUCUAUGCUUCACUAUUCUCAAAGGUCCCAUCUCGGAUGCCCUCUCGCAUCACUUACGAGACUGCCAUCAAGUACUCCAAACGCUGCACCCCGUGGAGAAGAAGCUAACCUACAAGUGCAUCCACUGCUUGGGUGUGUACACUAGCAACAUGACGGCUUCCACAAUCACGCUUCACUUGGUACACUGUCGAGGUGUUUGCCAGACACCUAAAGGCCAUAGCAGCAAGUCUAUCCCGACUGGAUUGUGUUCACCUGGACCUGGGUCUCUCAAGCGUGAGUUGGUUACCCCCGAUGCAUCUGACCCUAAGAGAAGGAAAGUGGUUGAGCAGUCUAGGUAUUACCCAACUGGUUUUGUCGAGAAGCCAGAAGAGCCUGUUGUGUUGGCAUUGGACCCCAAAGGUCACGGCGACGAGUCCUACGAGGCACGGAAAGCUUUCCUCACCUCAUAUUUUAAUCGACAUCCUUACCCUUCCCAACGCGAGGUCGAGAAACUGGCUGCAAGCCUCUGGUUAUGGAAGUCGGACGUCUCGAGCCAUUUUGCCAACCAUAGACGCUCAUGUGACCGGGAUUUCAUCACACGUAAACCAGCUGUAUUACUGGGCUUUAACAUGCGGGAAAUGAGCCAGCUCAAGCAUGACAUGGACAUCGAUGCCGGUUGGUUGUUCAAAGUCUAUGACGAGUACAAAAGCGGUUUGUCAAGGACCUCGAAAUUUGGGCUGAAGGCUCCUGUCGGCUUCCGUACUGUAGAUGGUUCCCAAGCUAUUCAGUUUAAGGAGGAGAAUUUUAACACUGGACAAAGUAGUCAAAGCAACUGUGCCUUCAAGCCAUGCCCCGGGUCAGCCUCAGAGCCCAUUGCCAUUGAUUCUGACAGCGAAUCAGACCUAGAAGAAGUCCCUAAUAACAGCAAUCUGCAAACAACGUUAAGACCUUCAGCCGUUGAGUCCCACACAAAAGAGACACAGAUGCAAGAGAGGUUUCGUUAUGAGAGAGGAGGGAGCAGAAAUCCUCCCAAAGGUCUAGAUAGCUCUGUUUCUGCUUCCAGUCCUGAAGAGGCGACCUGGUCAGGCAGCCUGUCUUCUGAUGAGAGCCACUUCAGACCGGCAGGACAGUUUGAAGUGAAGGGAAAAAAGGUGGGCUUGCUUGGUAGAUGAUGGCUUGUGGUGAUGGUCCCUGCUCCCGUAACUCUCCAUGUUGGUCAGAGCCGUUACCUCACAUAUGGUUGACAUGAAACAUUAUGAUAUGAACUUUAAGCAAAACCAUGUGUAAAGCCAGAGAAGUUACACACUUAACUGAAAGAACUGUUUACUCUCACAAUUCUGCUGUCAUAGAGCGGAGAAACUAAUAUACUGUAUAAUUUUUUUCUUUCAACCGAUGCAUAGUACUUGGUGAUUUCUUUUUUUUGUAUACCGUUCUCUGUAUUUAAUCAUACACAUGUUAAAAUUGUAACAAAAUUGAUAGGUCUAUUGUUUCCUGAUCAAAUAAAAGGACAGCGUAAAUAAC